CCGGCCCUCUGACGUAAAUGUGAGCAGCUCUUCAGGUCCGCCCGCCGCUCGGCCCUGCUGACAGCUCCGACAAGCCGGUGCACAGACACAUAAACCGUCUCUCUGUCCCUUCUCUUUGAUUCAAACCCGAUUUUAUCAGGCACACAUAAGAAGAGUAUGGUGGCUGUUUGAAAAAGGAACAAAGAUGGCACAGAAAGAUACGCUGCUACAUCUCUUCGCUGGAGGAUGUAGUGGUACGGUGGGAGCCAUCAUGACCUGCCCCCUGGAGGUGUUGAAGACACGGUUGCAGUCCUCUGGCCUCACCCUCCGGCCCGUCUUCCAGGUCCAGCUAGGCACCCUGAGCGGCACCGGUGUCAUCCGACCGGGGACUGUUACACCUGGGCUGCUGCAGGUCCUGAGAUCAAUUCUAGAAAAAGAGGGACCAAGAUCACUCUUCCGUGGUCUGGGGCCAAACCUUGUUGGUGUGGCUCCCUCAAGAGCCAUUUACUUUGCUGCCUACUCGAAAUCUAAAGAGAUAUUCAAUGGGCUGUUCGUUCCUAAUAGUGGAGUGGUGCACAUGUCCUCUGCUGGUGUUGCAGCUUUCGUCACUAAUUCUCUGAUGAACCCCAUCUGGAUGGUCAAGACCAGGAUGCAGCUGGAGAGAAAAGCCAGAGGAGAAAAGAAGAUGAACGCACUGCAGUGCGCCCGCUAUGUUUACAGAACGGAAGGGAUCCGGGGCUUCUACCGAGGCCUUACCGCAUCCUACGCCGGCAUCUCGGAGACCAUGAUCUGCUUCCUCAUCUACGAGACACUGAAGAAAAACCUCGCCAAGAGCCAGUUCACCUCUCCGAACAGUGAAAAGGAGAAAGGAGCAUCGGACUUCCUGCGUCUGAUGAUGGCAGCUGCUUUUUCAAAGGGUUGUGCAUCCUGCAUAGCCUACCCACAUGAGGUCAUUCGGACAAGGCUGCGCGAGGAAGGCAGCAAGUACAAGUAUUUCUUCCAGACAGGGAGGUUAAUAGCAGUGGAGGAAGGCUACGCAGCUUUUUAUAGAGGACUCAUUCCACAGCUAAUUAGACAAAUCCCUAACACAGCCAUCGUCCUCUCUACGUAUGAACUCAUUGUCCAUCUGCUGGGAGACUCCAAGUGAAGACAUGUUCGAAAGUUGGGUUUUCCUGACAGAUGGACGCCACAUGAAGCCUGAGGCACGAUGGGCAAGAGACUUUUGAAAAUGCAACGCAUACAUUUUUCAGUGUGGUGCUAAAGAGACUUUUAUGGUGGAACUGAUACAAGUUUUACUGUUAUCCAAAGAGCUAAACACAUUAUUUUACUGAAAGCUUGUCGUUAGGAGUUUAUAAAAAAUAACGCAAGAAGUCGUGGUUCUUAUUAAAACUCCAAACCUGUGAAAAAAGGUCAUCUUCUUAGAGGACUAGUGUUAAGUUAACUAAAUUAUUUUAUGUUUUGUUAUUUUAUGACAGUGUUUGUUUCCUUUUUAUCAGUGGUAAAUGUACCAAGACACGUGACUCAUUUAGUUAAUGAAGGGAAGUCAUUCAGGUCAAGUGCUAGUGAUAGUGCUGUUGCAUCGUAAUGACCACACAGACCAUUUUGAGAUUUCUGGUAUACUUUCACAAAUACCAUGUGCUGGUUUUGAAGUUUGAAUUACAGAGAAAUUUAUCAUAUUUUUCAUUAAUAUAUACAUAAAUAUAAAUAUAUAUGCACAGGCUUAUCUGUAUGUUUUCUUUGUGGAAAAGAUAGUCACCUUUUACAUUAAGAUAAGAACUUGGAUGCUUAUUUGACCAGUGGCUCAACAAAAAUGCAUCAAGAAAAGACAUCAGUUGGUGGUUGACACUGACGUGAUGAUUCUGUUAAUACAGAAAAUCUGCCUUUAAUGUUAUAGGAAGCUUGAGAUUAGAUAAGGGAUGUUGCACUGUACAAACAUGGCUAAAUAGUUGAGAAAUCACAUCAGAAUAUGUCAGUGACUAGUUGACUGGUUCUAUUAAGUCCAAAUAUUCUGAUGAAUUUGUUUCAUUAAGACUUUGUACCUGAUGAUCCCCUAUAGAUGUGGCUGAAAAUGGACAGCCUUUUUUUUUUUUUUUUUUUUUUUUUAAGGAACUCAAACUCAUUAUUCUUUUGGGACUAUUCUCAAUUUCACCAUGGAAAGGUGUAAGCUCAGUGCCUGAAAUGCACAGUAAUCGCUCUCCUUAACUCUCUACAUAAGGAAAGUAGAAGAUAAGGUAGUGAAGUUCAUGUUAUGACUGAACGUUGAGAUGUGUUGUCUUACCGUUAUUUUUCCAUGUACUGUAAGUUGCUGUUCGUUUGUUUUUUUUUCAGUAAUGUCUGCUUCACCUAUAGUCACAGAUCUGGAAACGAGUCUUCCACUGUCUCCGUAUAUCAUGGCUAUAAAAAGUAUUCAACCCUA